GGUACAUUUCUUUGGUACCACCAUUUAUAUAAAUAAGCAUCCGAAGUCCAAACAAAGUACCAAAUCAAUAGGGAUUGAGAAACGAUCGGAGCCCUAGAUACAAGGCCAGAGAAUGUCAGGAAGCGAUCUCCGGGAAGAGCAACCGCCGCCGACAUCCUCCGACGGCGGCGAGGGAUUCAGCAGCGAAUACAAAGAACACGGCGUCACUUUGAGGCUCAUGGAUCUCUCGGACGCGGAGGAAUACUUGGAGUGCUUAUCGGACGAGAAGGCGAGCCAGUUCUGCUCCUGGGACGCCUACAGAUCCAAGGAAUCGGUGGAGGAAUACAUCCUCCACGACGUGCUCCGGCAUCCCUGGUACCGGGGGAUCUGCGUGGACGGGAAGAUCGCCGGCUCCAUCUCGGUCCAGCCGUUUCGCGGGGACGACAGGUGCAGGGCCGAGAUCGGGUAUGCUCUGGCGUCGAAGUACUGGGGGAAGGGGAUCGGGACGAAGGCGGUGAAGAUGGCGGCGGCGUCGGUGUUCGUGGAGUGGCCGGAGCUGGAGAGGCUGCAGGCGGUGGUGGACGUCGAGAACCGGGGAUCUCAGAGGGUGUUGGAGAAGGCCGGGUUCACAAGGGAAGGGGUUUUGAGGAAGUACUAUCUUCUCAAGGGGAAGCCCAGAGACGCUUUCAUGUUUAGCCUCGUUUCUACUGAUCCUCCUGCCCAAAUUAUCAUUGAUUUGUAUGUGGGCUUAGGGAUAAUUAUGGACAAAUAUGAAGAUAAUAAUAAUGAUGAUUUUUACGUGGAAUCCAAAUCUGGGAAAAAACCACGAGCCAUUUCUAGAGGUAUGCUUCUCGGGCUCGGGAUAUACCACUAUGGUGCGGCAUGGGACUCUGGCCAAGGAGUCACUUUGGUCGGGAUAUACCACUCGGGCUCGGAGCUUACCACUCUGGCCUAGGAGCCACUCAGAAUUCUCAUAUUGAAUCAGAUGAAUAAGAUCUCAUAUAUCGUAGACCGUCCUCUAUCUUGACCAUCAUCAAUAGUUUGUGGAAACUUAUAAACAUAAAGAAUUGGACAAAUA